GAGUUUCUAUGGCGACGCGUCGGGUGACAGACCCGUACACACACACGCGAGUCGGCUUGUGUCCGGUGACUUGGAUACGUUUACACACGGAGAACACACACGGACACAGACAGCGUUACUCCAGUGUUUACGUGAAUGGAGGUCAGCACGUAGAUUAAAGCGAUAAAAGGGGUCACCUGCGAGGUCUGUGCGCUGCUGCGUGAGGGCGCGCGCGAGCCUGACUCAUCCACAGAGUAAACGUGAUGGAGCGUUACGAGUCCCUGGGUCCAGUCGGAGAGGGCAGUUACGGUACCGUGCUGAAGUGCCGCCACCGAGACUCUGGCCGCCUUGUUGCCAUCAAGAAAUUCAUGGACUCAGACGAAGACAAGACGGUUAAAAAGAUUGCCCUCAGGGAGAUCAAGCUGCUUAGGCAACUGCGUCACGACAACCUGGUGAACCUUCUGGAGGUGUGGAAGCGUCGUCGUCGCUGGUUUCUGGUGUUUGAGUUUGUGGAGCGGACGCUCCUGGAUGAUCUGGAGCAAAACUCCAGUGGAUUGGACCUGAACACCACUCGGCAGUACCUGUACCAGAUCCUGAGAGCCACCAAUUUCUGCCACCAGCAAAAUGUCAUCCACCGUGACAUCAAACCAGAGAACAUCCUCAUCUCCCAGGGAGGUGUGGUCAAACUGUGUGAUUUCGGCUUUGCCCGCACCAUGGCAUCGCCCUCUGAAGGCAGCGUAUACACUGACUACGUAGCCACUCGUUGGUACAGAGCCCCGGAACUGCUUGUGGGAGACAUCAAGUACGGCAAACCUGUAGAUGUGUGGGCCGUGGGUUGUCUGUUAAUGGAGAUGUUAACUGGCCAGGCUCUGUUUCCUGGAGACUCCGAACUUGACCAAAUAUUCCACAUCGUGAAGUGCUUUGGUAACCUGGUGACCCACCACCAAGAGCUGUUCUACAGAAACCCUGUCUUCUCUGGGGUCAAACUGCCUGAAUGUUCAGGCACUGUGCCACUGCAGCAGCGCUUCCCUACAGUCACAUCCACCGCCCUUGACCUGGCUCAGAGGUGUUUAGAGAUGGAUCCAGAAAGACGAAGUCAGUGUUCAGAGCUGUUGGAGCACCAUCUAUUCACACAUGACUCUUUUAACAUCAGAUUUCUGGAGGAGCUAAAUGCUAAGAUACAAAAAGAGCACAGGGCUAACUCUACCCUUCCCAAAAUAAGCAAAACUAAAACCCCGAAACAAGAAAAGGAUGAAAGGGAUGAGAAAAACUGCAGGGGCAAGGACAGAAAAAUACCAGAGAGCGGGGAAGAAAAAAUCCUCAAGGAAAAGACGGAGAAAAUGAAAGGAAAACAACCAUCAAAGGGGUCUAAAACGACCCACAAUGUACCGGAGUCAUAUAUGCAUAAGCAGUCCAAAACUGGGGGCAGCAAGGGUGUACAUACUGCAGCACAGUCCUCUAUCGCCAUGAAAAGUAAACCAGUUAAGGCCACUGGCGCAGAGCCGAAGAAAGAGACAGAGAUUUCGAAGUCAAGUAAAGUCCUGAUCUCUGAGUUAUCAGAUGAAACCAAGGCUGGAGCAAGCCUGAAGAAGAAAGUCACCACGGCCGCCAAACCUGAACAGAAAUGUAGUUCAUCUCCAGAACCAAAGAGAGACCAUCAGAAAAUGAUAAAGGACAACAUGGCCGGUAAUGACUGUAGUGAUGCUGAGAAAAUCUCCCACACGAUCAGGACGUCAACUAAAUCUGAACAAAGUCAAGAGUAUGCAAAGGGUUGGAGGACCGCAAAUUCAAAAGUAGCCAAGUUGUCGAAACAUUCAACUGCUGACGGUCAAAAUUUGAAUUCAUUUCCUAAAACUGCCGUGGAUUCAGCUGUUGGUCGAGCUGACAUGACAUUGGCGCCAUCCAAGAUUACCCCCAAUACCUCGGCUUUGCAGAGCACUCCUUUAAAAACUCUCUCCUCAGAACCUUCAGAAGAGCGACCCAAAGCAUUUAGUGGCACAUGUCCAGCUCACAGCACCGCCCUACCUAAAGGAAUGUCAAAUUCAGUAGCAUGCAAAUCUGGCUUCAGCUCAAAGACUUCAGCAACAGGUAAGGAGCUUAUUGAGGGCAACCACAUGCCGAAGGACAAUGCAUGCCUGGUAACGACCACUGCAAACUCAAGUGGAGACAAUGAAGCGACAAGGUCGCUGAGUGAGAAAACAAUGGUUCCGAGAGCGCCUAAGAUAUCCGAAAAAGAAGACCCAAAGGAUUUAGUUUUUCCUUUAUCUAUUAUGUCACCAACUAAACUGUCAACAAACCCGACUGUGAAGACUGUCGGAAGCUCGGGUGGUAAAAAAGGCAGCGAGUGCCGUGACCCGGAAUCGAAUGCUAAAUCACUGAAAGUUCCCAAAGCCAAACAGAAAUUCGCAAAGCCUGAAUCCUUUAGCAACCGGGUGAGGACUUUCAAGACUUCAAAAACCACAUGUGGUGCUGAUACAAGGAAGAAAAGUGACAGCCCCGAGAGACAUGAAACAACAACCAUAUCCAAUGCAGCAGAUAAGACUUUGAUCACACCCGCCGACCACAAAGCUGUUACAAGAAGCUCCGCCUUUAACAACAUGGACGCCAUCGACGUGAACGAGCUUCCUCCACCACCGCCCUGCUCCACUCCUCUCCUCUUGCAACUGUCCUCCACAUCUCUUGUCUCCUCCCCCUCUGUCAUCAGUACCAACAACUUUACAUGGGGAACAACUUUCCAUCCUGGUACCAGCAAUCAUAGGUAUGUGGAUAAACCAAAGCAUCCCGGUGGUGUUUGUGGACGUCAGGCCCAGCAUUUUGUGCCCAGCCACAUCACAGGUUCUUUCACCAUUCAGGCAGAGAGCAAUCUCGUCUGCGAACGCUCCUUCAUGUCCGACCAAUGUGACCUUGGUCCCAGCAGCGGUAUCGUGUCUAAAAACAAAUCGCACGUCCAUUUCCCAGACUUGAGAAGCUCAUUGCUCCCGGAGCUCAGAGGAAGUGAAGGCAAACACUGCAAAAGCGAUUCCAAGGAUCAGGGGAAGGACAAACAUCCAGGUCAACCAUUUCCAGGAUCAGAGGCACAGCAGGAUUACGACACUGACAUUUACUCAUACACAUCUAAACAAAUGGAAUAAAGGUACUUUUUUCUUCCAAAAUGCUUUGAUCUACAGUCUGUAGCACUGACACACUCUUGUAUGUUGUAAACCUAUUUAGAUACACUUUUCUAAUGUAAA